AGUACUGCUCUAAAAUUAGUGAUUAUGUAUAUAAAAAGAUGUCAUUAUAAACAAAAUAAUAGCCUUAAGAAAAAAAAUGAAAUAGAUGAAACAUUUCCAAAUGUAAUAUGUAAUAAAUGGGAAGAGAAGUAUAUUUGUCAAAGGGAUACAAAUUCACCAUGUAUAAUUGUACAUGGCGGUAUAGGAGACUGUAAAGAUUUUAUGGUAAUUGAGAAAAUAACAGCUUGUCAGAAAGCUGCAUCUAUUGGAUAUAAAAGAUUAAAAAAUGGAGGAAAUUCUAUAGAAGCUGUAGAAGCAGCUUUAUGGUGGUUGGAAUGUGAUGAAUUCUUUAAUUGCGGUUAUGGAUCUGUAUUGAAUGAAAUAGGACAAGUACAAAUGGAUGCAGGUAUUAUGGAUGGAGAUAAAUUUGAAUGUGGCUCAGUAGCAGCAGUUUCAGAUAUAGAACAUCCUAUAUCACUUGCUAGAUAUGUUUUGGAGAAUCUCCCAAAUAAUAUAAUUGUUGGAGAAAGUGCCAAACAGUUGGCACAAUUUGCUAAUAUAAAUUUACUAUCACAUGGGAAUAUGGUUGCACCAACAGCAUAUCUUGCCUAUAAAUUAAGUGAAACAGGAAAUUCUGUAGCUGAUUAUAAUGUUGAAGAUUUAGAAAAUAUUCAAGCAUUGCAAAGUAAUGAAAUAACAAUCUUACAAUUGAUCACAAAUAUUAUUUUAAAACUAACUGUCUGUAGGUAGCGUGGGAACUGUUGGCUGCGUGGCAUGGGAUGGUUGUAGUAUUGCUGCAGGAACAACAACAGGUGGCUUGAAUAGA